AUGAAGAAAAUUGCUUUUUCGAUUCCAUCGAAUUGCAAUCAGUGUCCUGUCAGAUGUAACAACACAAAGCCAUUCCUCAUCUCGCAAACGAACAGGACUCAGCCGUUUACAGAAGCAACGCCUACAUUGAUUUUCGUUACUCGCUGCACUUUAAAAAGGAAGAAAGAUACGUUCUUGGGCCAAAAUCACCCGGAGAAACAGUCAGGCGGAAUUGCUUUCGGACAACGGUUUCCUUCACAUUCACGGCCGUUCGUUUCCAAUUUUAUUACUUCUAUGGUAGGGUAAGUCUGUUUCCCCUUCUGUCACACCUUGGGGAUGUUUUUUGCCUCGUUCCCAGGGCUCUUGUUAAGGUGCAGAAACUACCCGAGAGUACAUGGAUAUAAAACAUUUUAGUGUUCCCGAAAGUGUGUCCUGUGCCCUGUUUUUUCAAUGUGCGGUCCACUAUUUUACACCAAGGCGGCCUACACUUCUAGAAAAAAACUGUAGAAUUAGUUUUCAGAUGAUGAAGAUGUGUUUUAAUUUUGGCGUACCGCCCGCCCCUAGCACUCCCACUGUGUUCUAUUUUCUACCGUAAUAGUAAGUCCUUACAUUAGCUUGACGUGAACCGGUGUCAGACGAAUUCCAGUUUUACUCCCAUUUCUCAUUUUAAGAAAGCAUUCAAUUCCGUAGCUUUUAAUUGAAAAUACAUGUAGAAAACAAGCUUUCUACCCGGAAAUUUUUUUGAAAUGUCCUGGGCUCUUGUCGUGACAGGAUCCCAUUGUUGUUCCUGCUCUGCACUAUAUAUAUGAAAAAAUAACAUUGUCAGAGCUGCAAUUUUGAUUCAAUAUCAACUAUGAUAUGAAACAGUCAUGAAAGAGCUCUUUUCUGUGAAGUUUGGAGAGCUUCCAAUCAUAUGGCGAUGGCGAAAGACAAACCCCCUCCCUACCCUACUGGAGAUUCAUCGCCCUCAAGAGUGUUUUUUUGAAAGUCCUUUUCGGUCACUGUUUAAAUUUUAUCAGUUUUAGUCGUAUAUCAGAACAAAACAAAAAACUAAAGAAAUUAUAAUUACAGCAAUGAUCUUUUUUUAAAAAAUAUCGACUUUAGCAAUGUCAUGAUCACCCCUCCCAUAGCCGGUAAAAGAUUUGUUUCCCUACCUUUUGGCAGCCGGCCAUACGUUUAGAGACAGAUGGGUAAAAUUUUGAUUUUCGUCCAGAAGAAAUAAGCGGGCUGGUCAUAAGAGGAACACGUAGAAAAAUGGUCGAUCAAAAGCCUCAGCUUUUCUUUGAAGUCAAGGAGUUGCCACAAAUUUUAUUUGCCGUGGCUUACAAACUCUCACUCACAAAAAGUCACCCGAGAUUUCAACUUCUGAACGACAGGUCUUCGAAGUGGAUCACCGGGUCAUCUAGUUGGGUCUCUUAAUUUUCAUUGCACUGAAAAGGGAGUUGUUGAACAAGGUGAGGCAAAUUUGUACGUUAUAUCUUACGUCUCCGUUUAGAGUUAUUUUUAACUUGACUAAAACAUCGUCCAUUGCCUUUAACAAAAUCAGAAAAUUCAUGACAGACCGUUUUGCUGUUCGUUUCACAUCAAAGGCCCCGACAAAGGUCUCUUUUAACAACCGUUUACAGUUCAUAAACCUAACAUCAGCUUUUUCCCACGAAGCUAAAAAUCUCGAAGCUACGUGAAAAGGUGGCAGGUAGUUGGAUUUAUAUGUCUUAGUUCAUAAAGGCAGCUUUUAAACACACAUGAAUUCAAGUCUCUUAGGCCCCGUUGGAAGCCAAGAAAUUUUGAAUAUUUUAGAAAUUUUGCUAAUUAAAAAUUCAAACCCUAAUAAGCAUAUUCAAAAUUUCAACCUUUUAGAUUUUUCCAAAACCUUUUCGUUUUUCUUUAUUUUAUUAUAUAAAGAAACACUAGUGUAAGUUUUGAGGUUGGAAUUUUACUCGAAAAGCAUGCAUCUUCAGUAAACAUUUAUUGGCCAAGUGAGGAAAACGUAGAAAUACUGAGGGCAGUAGGUACAUAAAGAUUUCCUAAUUUUAUGGUAACAAGAUCACAUCCCUUUGGAGAAAAGUAAAUAUUAAAACCACGCAGAGUGAUUUAUCAUUUUUUGAAAUACUUUGACUACAAAAUCCAACUACCUCUGUGGUGAUGACAUUGACGAUGGCAAAUUGAAGGUGAUAUUUUAUAGAAAAAUAUGAAAGAUAUAGCAGAUUUCUACAUCAAGAGCGCAAUAUUCUACUGCUGUUUUUGGCCCUAUUCCACGAUAUAUCAGAUGAAAAAUGCAUUGCUGAUUUCACCUUGCCAUUUACCUAAUGAAAUAGAAUUAGACUUGAAGAAAAUUUCAGGGUUUAAUUUAUAUAUCAGAUAGAUAUCAGAAAGAUAUUCUUUGUAAAAACAGUUUCCUACAUAUACAAAAGAAAUGCCAUAAUUCCACUUAAAUUCACCCCCUCCCCUCUGAAAUAGGCCUUAGACACUCCCCAAAAUAGAUUCUUCCCAUAAUUUCCUCUUUCUCUCACAUAUUUGUGCAUUUCACACUGAUUUUAAGCUACUCUCUGCAUUCCAACAAAUUUCUGUUGGACCAUUUUAUAUUUGCAUGUGCCUUGAGAGACAAGAUAUUAUCCAUGCCAUCAAUUAACCCAGAAAUUUAAAACAGAUUACUUGAAUGUUUUUUUUUUGCAACCUCUAAGAUUAACAUCAAUAGAACUGCAGUAAAGCUAAAAAUCAAAUUUAAAAAAUUUCUUUAUAUCUCAACUGAAAUUGUUUACUUUCAUUCAGGUUUGCAGCAAUAAUUGCUGAAAAUCUUAAGGAAAGUACAUGA